AUGACGAGUCUCGAAACACUGGUCCUCAAAGGUGCUGUGGGCGAUGUAGAGUCGGGUCUGGAGCAGCUGCGCUAUACAGUCCUGUCAGAUGGCAUAGCCAGCAACAGCGAUGGCAUGUCCGAACUGCGCAUCUACAUCUGGCUCAUCCUACUCAACGUGCCUCCACUUCGCACUGAUGCCUACCUCGAUCUUGUGCGACAGGGUGCCUCGCCUGCUUACACCAAGAUCCGCAACGACACCUUUCGCACCCUGACCACAGACCCUCUGUUCCGCCGUCGCGUCACCGAGAACAGCCUCACCCGCGUCCUCAAUGCUAUUGCCUGGAAGUUGCAUGAUGCCCACGAGGCCCGAGUCAAUGGGUGGAUGUCACCACCUACCUUGUCCGUACCCAGGAGCAUCGACGGUCAGUCGGACCAGGUCACCUCGCCCACCUCGAGACACCGCGCAUCCAUCACUGGCACAGAGGGCUCUGAGGCCGGCGAUGGCGCUUCUCAUGUCGGCUAUGUUCAAGGCAUGAACGUCAUGGCCGCCCCUUUCUUGUACGCCGCCCGUAGUGAGGCUGAGGCAUUCGCUGCAUUCGAUCGCUUCAUCACAGUAGAGUGCCCUGGCUAUGUGAGAGGCUCCAUGGAUGGUGUCCAUAGAGGCUUGGCUUUGGUUGACAAGAUUCUGGCUAUUGUGGACCCCAAACUGUCCGCCUACCUGGCAAGCAAAGGCAUGGAGGCUCGCAUUUAUGCUUUUGCCAGCGUCCUGACCAUGUGUGCUUGCACUCCUCCUCUACCUGAGGUCCUCCAGUUGUGGGACUUCUGCUUUGCCUAUGGCCCGCAUCUGAAUCUGCUCUGCAUCGUCGCCCAAUUGGUUCUUAUCCGAGACCAGCUUCUGACCAGUCCAAGCCCGAACCAAAUCCUGAGAUCAUUCCCGCCCCUUCAAGCAUCCAAGAUCAAGCCCAUGGCUAUCAGCUUUGUACGAAAACUUCCAGACGACCUCUACCAACAGAUCGUCGAUCAUGCAAAAUGA